AUGUUUAUAAGCUAGUGAUAGGUGAUCGUGAAAACUUCUAAUCGCUUAAAGCGACGAAACUGAAGGUAUUUUUCUCACACUACUGUAAAUAGGAAUGAGUAAAUAUAAGAAAAAUAAAUACAAAUCAAAGCCAAAAAAAAAUCGCCAAAAGGUUAAACCUGAUAAACGCGGAAAUAAAUCUUCUAACCUAAAGUAUUGCAAAUCCUGUAAUAAAUCAAAGAAUGGAGAUUAUUGUUCCAAAUGUGGAAGUCUAUUAAUUGAAGGUUUUUCUAUUCUUCCAAAUAAUCCUGUUCACCUUCCAUCUGAAUGCAAUGAGAAGUCUUCUUUAGAAAAUAAGGGUGAAGAUACAGUUUCUAAUAGCAUUGUUUUAAAUUCCAACGCUGUUGAAAAUGAAGAUCUAUGUAGUAAAACUCCAAUUAUUAAUAAAGAAGCCAAUGCCGCUAAUCUAUUUCCUCAAAACAGAAGAGAGGAGAAGCCUUCAAAUGAAAAAGAUAUUAAUAUUGGAUCGAAUUCAUUAAAAACAAAGACUGAAGAAAAGCAUUUGAAUGAGUUGAAUAAUUCAGAAAUAAAUCAAAAACCAAAACUUGAAAGUGAUUUAGUAGUUGAUGAAAAUGAUUUUUGUAAUUCUGGUGAAAAUGUGUUUAAUAAAAGUAUAUUCGAAAAUUCUGCACAAAAGUCACUUUCAUAUGGAAUAUCUAAAAAACAAAAUAAAACUGAUGAAAAAACAAUAUUAGAUUUAUCUAAGCAAAAACAUCAAAAUUCUACAGAUAAAAUUGUAUCCCCAGAUACAAACAACACAACAGAUUUAAAAAGUAAUCAAUCUGGAAAUCAAAAUGGUCAAGAGAGUUCAUACUCAGAUGUUACUAAAAAGAACACACCUCUAGAAGAAAAUAGCCAAUCAAAAACUCAGAAAAAUAGUAAUGUAAACAAAACUCAGGACCAGGCGAACAUGGUUAAAGAUCAGGAGCAGAAUAAAAACGAGAGUCCAGGAUAUAAUCAAUCUGGUAAUCAAAAUGAUCAAAAGAAUUUAUACUCAAAUGUUACUAAAAAGAAUACGCCUCUAGAAGAAAAUAGCCAAUCAAAAACUCAGGAGCAUAGUAAUGUAAACAAACCUCAGGACCAGGCAAACAUGGUUAAAGCUCAAGAACAGAAUGAAAACAAUAAUCCAGGAUAUCAGCAUCAGUUCCUUAAAAAUCAAAAUGAACCUGCUACACAAGAGCAGACCAAUCAAAAAGAAGAGAAGUUAUUUAAUUGCCAAUUGUUCAAAGUUGCGGUUAGUGAUUUUAACAUGAUUUCGAUAUGUUUUUAUGUUGUGGUACAAAACCCUGGUGACAAUCUUUAUGUAAUGUUUGGACAUGAAGGUCUUGGUAAUUGGAAACAACCUGCUGUUUGUAUGAGUUUUGACAGACAAACCCCAGUGGGAAAUCUUUACAAAGGAAAUCUAUUUUGCUCAAAAGAAAUGUUCAAAAAGAAUCCUGUUGAAUAUAAAUAUGUAAUAACUAGUAAACAGAAACCUAUUUGGGAACAUCUUGAAUUUGCUCCAGGUUCAACCGCACUUACUAAUCGUGUAUUGAUUAUAAGUAAAGACUUUUUAGAUAUUCUUGAUAAAGAUGACACAUUUUUUCAAGUUGAUGACCUAUAUUAUUCACAACAAAAUUCUCAGAAAGAAAAUAUGUCUUCAGUUAUUAAAAAUUUUUUUAAAAGUUAUUUUUCUAAAGGAAAUCAUCCAACAAAUGAAAUAUAUGUUACUAUUUUUGACAUGUAUGUUAGUUUACUUGAGGAUAUUACACAUAUAAUUGAAAGUUCAAUGUUUAUUAGAAGUUUGAUAUCAGGUUUUUAUCAUGCCUACUCUAUGACUGAAAAAAUUCAAGAACACUGGAAAAAAAUCAAGGAUAAUCAACCCAUUGUAGAGUUAUUCACAGCUAUUGAAAGAUGUUAUUCUAACUUUAAACAACCUGAGUUAUUUUUUCGCAGUUUAUCACUACUACUAAUCUUUUAUGAUGACCAUGAUUUAGUUAAUUUUGUGCCAAUCAAUUUCAUAUCAUUUAUUUUUGAAAAUUUAUCAUUGGAAAGUUUUAAUUGGUGUUAUGGUGAUAUAUUAAAAAAUCUAUUGCAAUGUUUUCCUGAAAAGUAUUUAAGGUUUAUUCAAUCUGCUUUGAGCUCAUUGCUGAAAAGUUGGUUUGAAAAAUAUAAAAAUUUAGAUGUGAAAGCUCAUGUUUGGUGUUAUGCAUUGUUAAUACUACAUGUUAUCUCUAAUGAAUCAAAUAAAAAGUUUAAAAUGAAUCAGAACAUAAACCCUUCUAACUGUGGUUUACCAAAUUUCAUUAAUAACAAAUAUCUUGAAAUUUAUAAGUUAACUCUAAAUAAUGUGCAUAAAGUUCAGGGAAGUUUACAGAAAGACAAGUUGCUUCAGAGAGGUAUUGCAUAUCUAAUGGAAUUGAAGUAUUUUACUGAAGCAUUAAAAACUGGAGUUUUUAGUGAACGUCUUCUGAUUAACAUGAUGACUCAUCGUAUGAAAUCAAGUACAUGUUCAAAUGUACUGAUUACCGAUUGUAAUAAUUUUUUAGAUGAAAUGCAAAAAUUGAAUUUUGUUGAAAAGAAGUUCAACAGAAGUCAUUUAGUUGAUGCAUUCAUUAAUAUGUUAGAUGGGUUAUUAAAUAUGUUAGAUAUUAAUGAUAACAGUUGCAGCUUGUUUUCUAAAAUACUUAAUUGUAUUAAUAAGUUUUACAAAAUGAUUGAUCCAUUUGAUAAAUAUUUACCAAAACUUAAUGAAACCAUUCAAAACCACAUACCAAAUGUUGUAAAAAUGCUUCGAAUUAAGUUUGAUGGAAAGCAGAGUUCAUGGAGUACACUGCCCAAUUUGAAAUCACAACUAAAGGUUAUAGAAGUGCUUGUGGAUUUAGAAAUUACAAAAGGAAAUGAAUUCAAAGAACUUGCAUUUGAUAUUUUGAAAAAUAAAAUUAAAAAUGCAGAAAAUAGUCUUUUGUUAGAAGCUUAUUGUCAAUUGGAUAUUUUAUCAUACAAAGAGCUGAUUCAGAAACCUUUUACAGAAUCAUUUUACUCUGCUAUUGAAGAAAUAUCACAGAAAAAGUAUGAAUGGUUAUCCAGAUUAUCUACAGAUUACAAUCCACUUUUGAUCAAAUUCAUUACAAAAAAAUGGGAAUGUUUAAACUCUAUAAAUGAAAAAAUAAAUUUUUGUCUUUCAUGGCCUCCUUUCAAAGUAUUAUUAGAUCACCUAGGAAAAAAAUCUAUAGAGGAAACAAAACUUUUAAUCCAUGAAGUCAAAUCAGUUUUUUAUCAUAUUUUUGAAAUUGUUAAUAAUGGCGAAAUUACAAUAGAUUUCUUAAUUAACCUAAAGAACAAAGAAGAAGUCUUAUUUGGUCUUAUGGAAGUAUUGAAAGUAGAUUUUUUUAAUGAUUUUAAAGUAAGAUAUGAGUUACGAUUGAAGGAAUUAUAUUAUUUCAAUAAAGGUAUAGAGGUUGUGAACUACACUCAUCAACUUUGCAAAGUGUUACUUCCAAGCACUGUUAACACUGAAGUGUUAGAGGAUUUAUCUUGUUCUAAUUGUUCAGUUCUAACUUUUAAAGAAAUUUUUGUGGAUAGUACUCCAGAUGUAACUUCUGAUUUUUUAGUUAUUGAUGAAUCUGUUAGUCGAAUUUUAUCAAAUGAUGAACUAGAAUUUGUUAACAAAGUGUGCAUGUACUUCAAAAUUUCUUUAAGGUGGUUUGAAUAUGCUUCUCACAUUACAGGUUGUAAAGUGAUGAGCAGUUUUUUGUUCAAAAAAGAAAUUCACUCAACUGCAAAAAAAUUUGAAGAAAGCAUGGUAAAAAUUGAUUACACUCAAUUAUUUGAUGAUAUUAUCCUACCAACAUUUGAAGAUUUAAAAAUUCUGUUUGAAAGCAUAGUUUCUUGUAAUAUAUCUCCAUCUGAUGUGAUUUUAUUAUUUUCUGAAUACAAUCAAUUUGACUACAAAAAAGAACUUUUUUUAUUGAAAAAGAUUUUAAAGUUAAAUUUUGAAGUAGACAUAGAAACCUGUGUUGAAAAAAUAAACUGUGUGUUUUUAAUGAAAAAAUAUUCUAACGUUGCAAGUGCAAUACAAAAAGUGAAAGAAAAUCUAGAAUUACAUGGAGAUUUUACUUCUGUUGAGAACAUGAUGAAACCCAUACAUAGAAUUAAAAGAUUGCAAGAUAUUGACAAAGAUUUAAAGCGCUUGGCUGAUUUCUUUGAAAAAUUUUCACCAAAUAUUUUCAAAAUAUUUGAUGCUAUUUCAUCAUGUCUAAAACUUUUUUUUUGGUUGAAAGAGAAUUUAAAAGAUCCAAAAGAAGUGAAAGUUUUUGUUGAAAUCAUGUCAAUAGCUGCAGGUGAAACUGAUUAUGAAGUUGACAGAGUAAAAUACUUUGAAGCUUGCUGUCUUGCUUUUAGCCACAUCAUAUUUGAUCUUAACAAAAAUUCUGGUUUUAAAGAUCUUUUGCAGGCAUGUGAACAAACUGAAAAAAUGAUGUUGAGUGAUGAUGAUAUUGUUAAAAAGCUGAUUGAUACAAAUCACAAUCUUGAGUGGUUUAAAAAUGCAAAAAAAUCACAAGGAUCAGUAGCAACAAAGUCUAUAAUGGAAGCUCAAGCUGCCAAUCGUAAAGGAUGUUUUGUUAUUGGAAAUCAAAAAAGUAGUUAUGUUGAGUUUUUAGAAUUUAGUCUUGCAGAUGUUAUAAAGUUCCAAAUAAAAAAUGAUGAUUCAACUGUAAAAGAUUACAGUUUAGAAGAAAUAAAUGAUUUGCAAAGUUGUUUGAUGUUGCUAGGAGCAAAUAUUAGUGAAAAAUCAAUUCAAGAAAUGACGAAGGAAAAAGAUUAUUUCGUUGCGGUUGUUGAAGUUGUAACAAGAUUGGGGUAUGCUUAUAUGUCUCUUUGUGAAGCUGGUGAUAUUAAAUUUAUACAAUGGGAAAAGACAUUUUAUUGUGAUAUUGAAUGUCAACGGGAAGUUUCCAUCAAUGAUUUGAUGUUAGAAUCUGAGAAAUUAGAGAAGCGAUUUACUGACUGGAAAGAAAAGUUAACAAAAUUCCGUUAUUUAAAUCCUAUCAUAAACUUUUUUUCAGUUAAACAAUGUCUCUUUAUGCAAAAACAAUUAUUUCUGCUGACCGAGGAUUUUAAAAAUGUUGAUAAGCUCUCUUCUCAGUUUUUUACUAUUCUUUACUUCUUUGCUAAUGAUAUCACUUUAAGAAAUAUUAAAUAUGCUUUUCAAUUGUCUUGCAAUUUAACUAUUGAUGAUGAAUCUCAACAAUGUAAAGCAAUCAGUAUUCAAUCAAAUUUUGAUAAAUACACAGCCAAUGAAAUUUUAAAAUUUGUCAACACACUUCAGAAAGUAUAUGAUAUAAGCGAAAAUGUUGCAUGGGCAUCUAUUAUAAAAGUUUUUCCAUAUCAUAAAGGAAAGGCUGCACUUUGGUGUAAAAAACAGGAUUCUGAAUGUAAAGAAAUUAAUGAGUUGGAGCAGAAAGCAAAAUUUAUGCUUCAGCAUUUGAAGUCAAAUAGAAGCUCAAAUUCAAAAAGCAAAGAUGAAAAAAAGCCAUAUUUAACAAUUGAUGAGCUUGGCAGAUUUUUAAACCAAUAUAAAGGCAUAACAAAUUUUCAGUUUUCUAAAAGGAUUGUUCCUCCAUAUCUAAACAAAGAUAAACCAAGCUUAAUAGUGUUGCCUCAUGAUGACAUCAUGUAUGCAGUUCUUGAGAUUUAUCUUUAUCAAGAUGGAGUUUUACCAACCUCAGAAGAAGUUCUACUUUGUGAUGAUUCUGUUUCAAUUGAAGAGAUUGAGCUGUUAAUAAUGCGAGCUGUAGGCAACAAAAAUGGCUUGUAUUGUUUGUUAAUCAAUGAAAAUCUUAAAUAUGAAACAUGCGAAAAAGUUUAUUUGUUCUUGCAAGAGACGAUUCAUAUAGGUAAUAUGAGUCCACUUGUAGUAUUUUGUAGCAAUGAAAGCCACCAUAAUUCAUACCUUGUAACAGCUCUUGACCAUUUUAAACUAAAAAUGGCAAGUUAUCUUAGUAGAGAUCAAAUUUGCACAAAACUUGCUCAGUGUCUCAAAAACAAACUUUCAGAUCAAAAGGCUGGAAUUAUUUUCAAUAAUUUAGUAUACAAAUCAAUUGUGGUUAAAUCAAUCAGAAGUGGAAUGGGGAAAUCAUUAUUUGUAGAAAAAUGUGGCUCACGACUUUCUUCUCAUUUGGUUGCUAAUUAUCAAACAAAUAUGAGUAAUAGUCAAAACAAAAACAGUGUUGCUAUUGUUUCUGUGCAUGGGACAGUGGUUAACACUGAUGCAAUAGUUGAAAGAUUACUUCAAUUUGAAGAAAAGCCUAACGCUUUUUUCCCUAGAUUAUAUCAUUUUGAUAUCUCAACAAUGGUUAGAGGCGGACUGGAUUCAUUUCUAUUUAACUUAGUUGUUCUGGGAUCAUUAAAAACAAGUACAGGAAAAGUGUGGAGAAUGAAUAACAAUGAUACAUGCAUCAUUGAAAUAACCAUAAACCAUUCUGAUGAACAAUCUGACAAUGGUUCCAGUAAAAAUCAAUGUUUCAGUGUAGUUGCUAACAUGCUACCAUGUAUUACAUGCAAUUCUCCCAAUGAAGUUUUAAGUGUGCUUCAUGGUCAAGAGAUAUAUACAAUGGUUUGGUAUUUUAAUGAAGAACAUAAAAAAUCCACCAUACAACGUGUUUGUCAGUAUUUAAAAUUGUAUGACACAAAUAAAUCGUUGUUAAAUACAUUUACUUACAAUCCAACUCAUCCCACUAUAAAUCUUAAAACUUGUUUAAAGAUAUUAUUAAAAUAUUGUGGAGUGAAAGAUCCUUGUUGGAGUGAAGUAAGAAAUUUUGUUCACUUUUUUAAUACACAGCUUAUGGACUGUGAGCAAAGCAUUUUCACAAGCCAUCAUGUUGAUGAAGAUUUAAGAGGAUUCAAAACUUUUGUUAUUAACUUCCUGUUAGAAAUGGCACAAGAUUUCUCAACUCGCUCAAUAUCGUUGGAUAGUUAUUAUAGUUCUAGAGAGCUAAUGGUUCAUCUUAAAAGAAAAUGGGAACACAGUUCUCAUCCAUACUUAUUUUUCAACCAAGACCAUGUCACUAUGACAUUCUUUGGAUUUAACAUUGAUUUAAAUGGUAACUUACUUGACCCAGAUCGUAAAACUAUAAUAAAACAGGGUAUUAUGACAAAAGAUCUUUAUGCUGAUCUGUGUCGUCAGAUGCGUGGUAAUGAAUGGGGAUGUUUGAACACCAAUUACAAAAAUUUAUCACGAAAAUCAAAGUUAGAUAUACUUUGUCGUGUGAUUGGUGUGGAAAGUUUUGAUCCAGACCCUUCAUAUGAGUUGACUGUUGACAAUAUGAAGAAAAUUCUUGCCAUUCAUAUGAGAUUAAGAUGUAUUAUUCCAGUGAUAAUGAUGGGAGAAACAGGGUGUGGUAAAACAAAAUUAAUUAAGUUUAUGUGUGCCCUGCGAGCUGGAAAAAAAAAUGUUCAAAACAUGUUACUUGUUAAGGUUCACGGAGGUGUGACUCAUCAAGACAUACUUACACGAAUUGAACAAGCGAAAUGUUUAGCAAAGGAAAACUAUAGAUAUUACAAGAUAAAUACAAUUUUGUUUUUCGAUGAAGCUAAUACAUCUGAUGCAAUAGGAUUAAUCAAAGAAAUAAUGGUAGAUAAAAGAGCAGAUGGUCAACCAUUAGGAUUAGCUGAAUGUAACCUUGAAAUAAUUGCCGCUUGUAAUCCAUACAAGAAGCAUUCAGCAAAUAUGAUAAAAAAGUUGGAAUCUGCUGGUUUGGGGUAUCAUGUAAAUUUAAAGUCUACUUAUGAAAGAAUUGGUGAUAUUCCAUUAAGGCAAUUAGUUUAUCGUGUACAUCCUUUACCAAAUAGCAUGAUUCCACUUGUUUGGGACUUUGGUCAAUUGGAUUCUGAGACUGAAGAAGCCUAUGCAAGACAAAUAAUCUUAAGAUAUGUAAAUGAAGGCAAGUUACCUGAUGAUAAUCUGUUUUUUGAGUUAAUUGUUUGUGUGCUUAAAAAAUCCCAAGCAUAUAUGAGAUGGCAAAAGGAUGAGUGCAGUUUUGUCAGUUUGAGAGACGUGGAAAGGGCAUUAUUAGUAACAAGUUGGUUUUACGAGAGAAUUGACCUAUUUAUUGCUGAUGAUGAGUUAACUUUUUAUAACAAAAUGCAAUUGGCAAUAAUUUACUCAUUAAGCGUAUGUUAUAUUGCAAAAUUAGAAGAUCGUGAUUCUUAUCGGGAAUAUAUUUCUAAGUUUUUUACUGGUCAUUUUAAAUUGAGAAAUGGUGCUCAAGAAAUUAAAGACAAAGUUGUUAGUCUUCAAAGAAAAUUUUUGCGUGAAAUAAAGCUUGAAGAUAAUAUUGCACAAAAUGAGGCUUUAUGUGAGAAUGUGUUUAUGAUGGUUGUUUGCAUUGAAUUGCGUAUCCCUUUAUUUGUUGUUGGAAAACCUGGAAGUUCAAAGUCUUUAGCGAAAUCUAUCAUUCAAGAUUGUAUGCAAGGAAACAUGUCAAAGUCAUAUUUGUUUAAAAAUUUUAAGCAGAUUUUUAUGUCUUCAUAUCAAUGUAGUCCUCUCUCAACAGCAGAUGGAAUAAUAAAUACAUUCAAACAGUGUAGUCGAUUUCAGGAAGGUAAAGAUCUUGAAACUUUUGCUUCCGUUGUUGUACUAGAUGAGGUUGGUCUUGCAGAAGAUUCUCCACGUAUGCCUCUUAAAGCAUUGCAUCCAUUAUUAGAAGAUGGCACUGAUGGUUCUGAAGAACUUACACUUGAUGGUUUGUCUCUUAAAAAUAAAAGAGUGGCAUUUAUUGGUAUUUCAAACUGGUCCCUUGAUCCUGCAAAAAUGAAUAGAGGAGUUAUGCUAUAUAGAGGGCAGCCUGAUUUUAAUGAGCUUGUUGAAACUGCAAGAAAUAUAUGUUCAAACGAUGAGUACGUUUUUGGAAAAAUUGCAUCCUUAUUCGAACCUUUAACAAAUGGAUACUUAAAAGUUUAUAAAAAGCAAAAUAGUUGUGAUAUUAUAAAAAAAUACAGCAAAGAAGAAUUUUUUGGUUUAAGAGAUUUUUACAGUUUGUUAAAGUUGGUAUUCUGCUUUGCUCGAAAACGCCAAAGUACUCCUACACUUUCAGAUAUUGAGCAUGCAGUCAAAAGAAAUUUUAGUGGACUUCAAGAACUGGACACAUGGAGUAUUUUUAAAUCAUGUCUUCCAUAUGAAUUUUCUGAGUUAAAAGAUACAGAUUUGGAUAAAUCUGUGUUGCAUUUAAUUGGUGAUAGUUUUGCUGAUAGUUGUCCAUGUUAUGAAUAUCGUUUUAAUCUUAAAAAGACAGAAAAAGCACAUUGUUUAAGUUCUCGUUAUCUUCUAUUAAUGACAGAUAAUUAUUCUGCUUUACCAAUUAUUGAACAGUAUUAUUUAAAGACCAAUCAAAAUUUAAAAACCAAUCCAAGUUCACAAACCUAUCAAAAUUGUAUCAUUUUUGGAAGUAGUUUUCCUAAAGACCAGCAGUUUACUCAGAUUUGUCGUGAUAUAAAUAGAAUCAAGAUAUGUAUGGAGACUGGUGCUCGAGUUGUAUUGUUAAACAUGGAAAAUUUAUAUGAAAGUCUUUAUGAUACAUUGAACCAGUAUUAUGUUUCACUUGGAGGAAAAAACUAUGUAGACUUAGGCAUUGGAUCUCACAGAGUUAAAUGUAGAGUGCAUGAAAAUUUUAGACUUAUAGUGAUUGCAAAUAAAGAAAAUGUGUACAAAAAUUUCCCAAUACCAUUAAUAAAUAGAUUAGAGAAGCAUUUUUUAACUGUAUUAAAUGGAAUGGAACAUUCUCAGAUAGAACUUGCUGAGAAGCUUAAAAAAUGGGCUUCAGAUUUUUCUAGCAUAAACUCAUCAAAAUAUGACUUUAAGCCAUCAGAUUCAUUUAUUGGGUACAGUGAAGAUAUUUGUGCUUCUAUUAUAAUUAAACUUUAUCAAAAGUAUGUUGGGACUGGUGAAGUUGGUGAGGUUGAUCAUGAUAAGAUUUUUGAAGAAAGUUGUCAUGUUUUAUUAAAACUAGCUACUCCUGAUUCUUUAUUGCGUGUUGUGAAAACAUGUUUAAGAGAUCAUUUUGAAUACUAUUGGAAUGUUUAUUUUGUUGAGCAGUUUCAUGACUCUUUGGCUGCUUAUCUUAUCAAUGAACUUAAUAAUACAAAUAGUAAAUUUAUGCAGGUUACAACAUUUUCAAGACUUUUAUCUCCAACUGACAAAGAGAAUUUAAAAGUUGAAUUAAAUGAUUUUAAAAUUGAGAUGAUUUCUCUUAUGCAGUUUCAAACAGAAAAAUCAUUCAGGGAUUGUCUAAGAGUUGUGUGUAAUUCUGAAAGUAAUAAGAAACAGCUUCUUAUUAUUCAAGCAAAUAAUUCUCAGGAAAGGAGCAAUUUAAUUGCAUGUGCGCAAUACAUUUGUAAAGAACUACAAGAACAGUUCAAAUUAAAGAACAUAUCUAUUUUAUUUAUCUUGCAGUUGAACUAUAAAGCUAAGCGGUUAGACUUAUUGAGUUCAGUGUCAUUCUGGGAAUGCUGCCAUAUUGAUGAGUUACGUAGUUCAAACUUGCCUUAUCUUAUAAAAUAUUACGGAAAAUCUUUGAAAGAAAUAAUUAGCCUUGAUGAUCUAAAACCAAAAAUGAUUCAACUAAUAUUAGGAUGUGUACAAAUGACUAUUCGACGUUUAAGUGAAAUGAAGCAAAUGACUGUUGAAGAAAUAUCACAGCGAAUUGAUAUUUUAACAAAUCUUUUAACAAGUAAACCUGAUGAUAUUCGAUACAUGUUUAUCACAACUGUAUUAGAGCUGAUAGAAACUGGCUUAGCUGCAGAAGAAAGCAAAUGGCAUCCUGAUUAUGUUACAAAUUGGAUACAAAAUGAAGCAAUAGAACAAAAAUAUCAACCAUCAUAUGGAACAUUUAAACAUGCAUUGUUCUGUUAUUUGGAAGAUCGCAUUGUGCCAGUUUUCACAUCCAUUGUUUCUAGUAUAGAUAGAUAUCAUAAUCUUGAAAUUCUAUACAACGAACCAGAAUAUACAAAGCUGUGGCUUGAAUUAUUUUAUAAAUCCACAGUUAACUCUAACAUUGCAUCAUGUAAAUUAUUGGAUCAAUACUUUUUUUGCAAAUUUCCAUUUUCAUUCAGGGUUGUUAAAGAAAUUGAUGAUGUAUUACAAAAUUGCAUACAACCAGAUGCUACACAUGAAACUCAUGAGUACAAACAUAUUUAUGACACAGUAACAUCAUUACCAAUGGCAAGUGUGAUAAUGAGGUCAACAACUAUAGAAGUAGAUAGUUAUUUAUUUGACUUACUGCGUUUAAAGUAUCCUGAUCAUUUGCAAAGUUCUAACAAAGGCCUAUACUCUUACCAAAUUUUGGCAUUUGGUUUGAUGUCCUUUAUGAAAUUGGUUAUUAUUUCAAGAAAUAAAUAUUUUAAUGCUUGUGGUAUAAAACUAAAUGAUAUAAUUAACAAUACCAACUGUGAUAUAGUGUCUAUACAUAUUGCUUUGAACACUAAAGUAUUUGCAGAAAGACUCAAAAGUAUUUCAUCGAUGCUUAUCCUUCAACCAAAUUUAAAAAAAACUACAUUAGGUCAAGAAUCAGAAAUUGAUAUAGAUGUAUAUUUGAUGAUUCAUUUUCUAUCUCAUCUUGCUUCUAAAAGCUUCUGUCCUGGUGUCAUUGAGAAAAUUAGAAAAACAAAAGUAUUGAUUGAUUGCGUUCUUGAGUCUGCAAUUAAAUGUAAAUGCAAUGAUGUAACAAAAGAAAUGGUGAAACAAUUGCAAAUUCGUUGGUGUAGUUUUAGAAUCUGUCAAAAGUUUUCAGAUGUUGUGUUUCAAACCUCAACCAGUUUUUGCGACCAUGAAAUUUAUUUGUUGAGAUCACUGUGGAAGAAAUUGGAAACUCUUCCAAAUGAUAUGCUGACCUGUGAGUCAUGGAUUAUAAUUGACAAAUUUUUAAAAGAAUCUCUUGCAAUGGAUUUUUCUAACAUGAUUUUAAAAAAAGAAGAAUUCAAGAAGCGAUGUAUUUCAUUUUAUGCUGAAAUUGUUGCUGAGUUUUGUUUUUCAAGAAAGGAUUUUGAUAGAGUGGAUACAAAUGUCAUUAAGAAUAUUCUGGAUUAUGUUUUUUCUUCAAAAACCACUAAAUUAUUUUCACCAAUACCAGAUUAUGCACUUGAUCCAACUCCUGUCAUUCGCUCAUUUUUACUCCAACAACUUCUUCAAAGGAAUUACAACGAAGUUCAAAAAUACCUCAAACGCCAUUUAGCUAUGCUAUUUUCACAUGCAGAUCAAAGUCAGCUUUUUGAAGUAGCAAAUGUUUUUAUAUAUUGCAUGGAGGACAAAAAGGAAUCGGAUCUUUCUACAUUAACAAAGGAGACUGUUAUCAACUUGGCUCUACUUGAGUAUGUUUCAGAUGAAUUAGUUGUUGGAUACAAUUUUGUUCAAUCAGUCAAGCCUGGAGAGUCUUUAACAGAAGUCUCUUCACUUGAUUCUGUUGCUGCAUUGCGAGUAGCUUUGACAAUAUCAGCUCAAAUAUUGUGUACCUGGUUUCUUCUGGAAAGUUAUGAUGAAAAAAAACUUAAAAGAAAUUUUGAUGGUUUUUUAGCUACACUAACAAAAUUUGUUCUUAAGUAUACAGACAGUCAACCAUACUUUUAUUUCUUGAAGCAAAUUGUUCGAAAUUAUGGGAUUCAAGGUUUGAAAGAGAUUGUGAUGAAGCCAGAAGUUGAUUGGCUUCUUAAUCAAAAUGAAACCUUUAACAAUAUGACAAGCUAUGACAAGUUUUUGGUGUAUGGUGAAUAUUAUAAGAAAAUUCGUGAUCGUUUGGUUGUUUGUAUUUUAGAGGAUAAUCUGCUAAGUUUAACUCAACUAGAAGAGGAUGAUGAAGACAAAACAAAUGUGUUUCUUCAACUAUCAUUAUUCAAAGGAUUAUCCAAUCUUCCUAAUCUUGCAAUUCUUAAAAAUAAAAUAAAAAUACAGAAAUGUUUAUCUGCCAUAAGAAGCUUUUCAACUUUAGAAUCAUAUUCUUCAAUUUUAUAUCAUUUUUGGGUUGUUAUUAAUUCUGGCAAUCCUUCUACACGUCUUUUUUUGCUGCUGGCUACACGACCACAACAAGUUUAUGGAUGGUUUCUUCCUGCAAUGCCACAUGAUAAUUUAUCAGAAAUUUUUGGUUUAAAUCGUAGUGAUGAUAGCAAUUCCUUUCUAUUUUAUGCCUGUCCUCGUGGUCAUCCAUAUGUGAUAACAAAUUGUGGUCGACCAAAUCAAACAUAUUUGUGUCCUGUUUCAAAUUGUCGCUUAGCAAUCGGUGGAGAAAAUCAUACAUUGCUUCCCUCAAAUAGUAUUGUUUCUGCUAGAGUUGAUGCUACAAAACCUGGUCAUUGUUUGGGUCUAGCUUCAGAACGCUCAAAUUUUUCUAUUCCACAGCGUGAAUUGACACCUUUGUCUGUUACACUUCAAAAUUUAUUAGUGCAUCUUUCAUUACUUGUUGCAACAUUGACAGGUCAUAUAGAGGAUGUUGUGAGAUUGGUGCAUCCAAAAGUAAAUUCAGAUUCAAUGCAAAUGUUUCUAGUACAGCACAUUGAAAAAGAUCUUGCUUUAUUAUCUAAUAGAAUAGCAAAGAAUAAUGAUGAUACAAACUCUGCAGUUCACAUUUUUUUUAAAGAUCUACUAUUAAAUGAUAAACCAGACAACAUAAUGAUGGUUGACUUAACAAGUGUGCAAAUCAGAAAUCAAUAUGAAAAUGCUUUUGAUCGAAAAUUUAUUCAACCCUUUUUUAAUUCAUUGGAUAAAGAGCUUUUACAAUUUAAUAAAUUUUUGAUUGCUGACCGUUGUAUAAGUGACUCACCAUUGAUGAGGAAAAUUUUUGAACUAGAUGAAGAACUAGAUUUUUCAAAUGUAACAGUUAUGAGUCCGCAACUUUGGCUUUACAGACAAUCGGUAUCAGUUGAAAGUCUAAAAGUUGCAGUUCAGCUAAAAGUAGCAGGUGGUGGUGCUAAAGACAUAUCGAUUCUUGUGAAAUUUUUAGAACAGGAAUCAGUACUUAGUUUGAUAAAAGAAUUGCCGCUAAUAUUAGAACUCCAAAAAAUUUUGCAACAUGAAUUUAACUAUAAACUUGACAAAAAAACUGCUGUCGAUAAAACUGUUGUUGAGUUUUUAUCAGAUAUUAAUGCAAGUAAACCAGAAUUGAAAAAAAAAGUAGAAAAACUUAUUAAAUGCUUCAUUAAAACAUGGAAUCAGGCUCGUGGCCUUUUUACAGAGAGAGAGAAAAGAUUGGAGCCAAAUUUACCUUCAAUUAAGCUUGACAACAAGUGUAGUUUAGCAUUCUUCAUUGCUGCGCCUUCUGAUCACGGGUUGUGUGCUUCAAUGCUGAUUGAUUUUCUUGCUUUCCAGCAAAAUGAUUUUUUGGAAGAAUGUCGUUUGAUUAAUCACACAUAUGUUUUUCAGCAUGUUCCUAUAUUACAGUUAAAAGAAACAGACAUAAUAAGUUAUGAACAAAAUUGUGACCUCCUUCCAUUAGUGCUUUUAAAUUGUGAUUAUUCUCUUGGUAUUGGAAAAGCUCUAAAAAUUGAACAUAACUUAGAAUUAAUUCAAAGACGUCUUUAUGAAAAUGUUAUUUUUGGUAAAGCAUUGAUUGACAGAGAGAUAAUACCAUUCUUUUACAGAGGAGAUAUCAAAAGUUUAAACUUUCCUUUAUUAAGGAGUUCUAUUCAACAGACUGAUAUUCCUUAUUCGGAACAAAAAAGAAUGUUAGAUGAAAUGAUUGAUAUAGCAGAUGUAUCUAUUGCUUUACGAGCUGUUGAAACAGUUAUUGGUAUAAUAACAUCUACAGGUGGUGAUUGUAACAUGUACUUAAGAGAUUAUCUAACCAAUGUUCUUCGCAUGAAUGAACAGGAUUACAUAGUUAGCAGAAAAAUGCAUGACUAUAUACGAUUGACUCACUUGUACUCUGUAUGGCUCAUGUUAACCAUUGAACAAGCAUGUAGAAUAUACGCAAGUAAACAGAUUCCAUUUCAUGUAAAAGAAUUUUUUAUGUGCGAGGACCUUGAAAAAGAAGUGGUUGAAAAAAUGGAAAAAACUCUGCAUCAUAUUGACAAAAAGGAACUUUUAAAUCUAAUCACUGAGUAUAUUGUUUUGGAGCUUCCGUUAAGAAAUGAAGCUGAUAUUUCUUUAACGUUAAGUGAAGCCCUGCAAUUGUAUAAAGAUAAACAAGGAACAAUAAUAACAACUUGUUUAGAAUCUAUUAGUGAUGAAUUUUUAUUAAAACAUAUUUAUCUAUUUUGGAAGAUAGUUGCUUCUCACGCAUAACAUUUUAAUGAUUAGAAUAUUUUGGACAGCAUUUUGUAAUUUUUUUAAAUUUUAACUUUGUGCAUAUUUUAUAAUUAUUAAUUAAUUUAUUUUUUUUUAUUUUUUUUUGUGUGAUUCUCUCAGUUAAU